AUUCAUCAGAGGGAGAGGGAGAGAGAGAGAGAGAGAGAUUUGACUUUUUUCUUUUAGUCUUUUACAGCUAAGGUAUUGUUUUCAGUUUUGGCUGAGGGGGAGGAGUUUCUUAUUCUAUGUUGCCGUUGUUGACCACAGCUACCGUUUUGAAUAUUUGCCAGUCUCGGACUAAGCGAUCCAAUCUUGGUCUUCAUUUGGUGCUUUCCUCGCAACUCAAUCAAAAAUUAUUAAGCCUUUGCUUGUCUUGAGAGUCUUGUAAUUAGGUAGAGAGUAAUUAGAUUGCGGUCUACCUUUUCUAUUAUUCGUUGGGACAAUUUGCCAAACACAAGUUGAGCUUAUUUUGAUGGUCAAAGUUGUAUAGUUCCCUGGAGUUGGAAUGCUUUUUUUAUUGUCUUCCGCCGAAUUAAAUCGCUUUUUUUGUCUGUAUAGGGCUCUGGUUGGUAUUUGACUUCUGGGUUGUCUGUUUGAUUUGCAUAUUACAACUCCAUCCGGGGAUUUUGGAUUUGCUGCAUCGGUUUUGAUAAUAUUUCAUAUACCAUAUAUUUAUACAGCUUGAGUUGCUGGAAUCUGGUCUUGAUUUUGGGUAACCGUGUCAUUUGAAAGCUAUCUAUUUUGCCUAUUGUUUCAUUCUGAGAAGUUUUGGGGAAUGAAAGGAAAAGGAGGAACACCGGGAAGUUACUUUGUAUUGAACACCGGAGCUAAAAUUCCAGCCAUUGGACUUGGGACAUGGCAGAGCGGUGGAGACCUCUGCGUCGAAGCUGUAAAAAGGGCAUUGUCGGUCGGGUACCGUCACAUAGAUUGCGCACAUCUUUAUGGGAAUGAGAGUGAAGUUGGGGAAGCACUCACUGAAGCAUUCAAAGGCUUCCUGAAGAGGGAGGAUGUUUUCUUGACAUCUAAACUUUACUGUACCAUGAAUUCGCUCAAUAAAAUAGAGAACUAUGUUAAAGUUUCUCUUAAUAAUCUUGGAGUUUCGUACUUGGAUCUCUAUUUGAUGCAUUGGCCCGACAGCUCGGCUUUUGGUGACGCUACUGAUCCACCUUCAAAGUCGGGCAGUGAGUAUGGGCAGUUUCUGAAUCGGUUGAAAAAAGCGUGGAAAGCCAUGGAGGGUCUCGUCGAGUCAGGUCUGGUUCGGGCUAUUGGAGUUAGCAAUUUCAGUAUUCAGCAGAUCAAAGGAUUGCUUAAGUUUGCAAAGAUUGUACCUGCAGUCAAUCAGGUGGAGUUGCACCCUUUCUGGAGGCAAGAUGAACUUGUGAAGUUCUGUCAAAUGAAAGGUAUUCAUGUAUCUGCUCAUACACCUUUAGGGGUACCUACUUCAACUCCCGGACCAUCUGACAGUGGAUCGGGUGGGGAAGAUGAACCUGGAACUCCUCGCAUAUCAUUUAGGAGAUCAAGAUCUGUCCAUGGCCCUAUGCUCAAGUUAUCAGUUGUUUCACAAAUAGCAGAUAGACACAAAAAGACACCGGAGCAGGUCAUUUUGCGGUGGGGACUGCAAAGAGGAACCAGUGUCCUUCCUUGUAGCCUGAAGUCUGACAGGAUAAGGAAAAAUAUUGACAUUUUCAGUUGGUCUCUCUCAGAUGAUGAGUGGAACCACUUGAACCAGAUUGAACCACAAGUUUGUUUAUUUGGACAUGGACCUCUGAAUACUCAAUCGGACAAUGUCUUUAUGUUUGGGAGUGGUCCACUACAGGCUGUGCGUGAGAUGGAAGAUGACAUGGAAUCCAAUGCCUAAUAUUUCAUAUUAUUUUCUUUAGAUAUUGCGCCAUUUAUGUUCAAGUACGUGAUCAUCUUAUGAUUUGUCAUAUGCCCAUUGUUUGUUGUAAGAUUUUAAUUUUGUGGACGCAGAAUAGAAAGUCAAACUAUACCCUAUUGUUUAAACGUUAAAGAGGUUUGAUUUUUUUGUUUGUUUGGAAAACAAA